UAUUUUAAGUCUUUUUUUUUAUUAGCAACAAUGUCGUUUUUUAUAGUACAAUUAACACAGUAAUUCUUAUUAUAAUUAUUUUUAAUCAAUUUCAAGUUAAUCAAUAAUUAACUCCUUUAGUAGAAUAUUCUUCAUCAUUGAAGCUUCUUGAUCAUGGCUUCCGCUGCUGCUGAUGAUGAUGAUGAGUUUGUCAAGGGAAACAUUUACUCGAAUGGCGUCGCUGUUAUUACUCUUGAUCGUCCUAAAGCUCUUAACGCCAUGACUACAGCUAUGGACAAGAAGUUGAGAAGCAUACUAGAUGAAUGGGAAGAGAACCCAAAAGUAAAAUGUGUUAUAGUAGAAAGCAGUAGUUCGCCUCGUUCAUUCUGUGCUGGUGGUGAUGUCAAGUGUAUGACUGAAACUCAAGAUUUAUCAGCUUUGAUUGAGGGAUUCACAGCAGAGUACACAUUGAUUUGUAAGAUAUCUGAGUACAAAAAACCGUACAUCAGCUUCAUGGAUGGCAUAACUAUGGGUAAGGGUAUUGGCUUAUCAUGCCAUGGACAUUACCGCGUUGUCACAGAGAGGACUCUUAUAGCUAUGCCAGAAAAUAGUAUUGGUUACUUCCCUGAUGCAGGGUUUUCGUACAUAGCUGCAUACAGUCCAGGAGAAGGAUCAGUGGGCGCUUAUCUUGGUAUGACUGGUAAAAGAAUAUCUAAUCCGGCUGAUGCCUUAUACGUUGGACUGGGGACGCACUAUGUGCCAUCAAGAAGCCUUGGUUCUCUUAAGGACUCUUUAUUGGCAUCAGCUUUCUCAGAGGAUCCUUACCAGGAUGUUGCAGCUAUACUGUCAAAUUACAGCAUCAAGCCACAUCAUGAGCCACGACUGAAGCUGCUUUUGCCCUAUAUUGCUUCUGCCUUCAACGCGAACAAGUCAGUAAGUGAAAUAAUUGAGGAAUUGAAAAGGCAUCAGCAGAGUUCUGAUGACUUAGUGGCUGGCUGGGCCAAGGAGGCCUUGGAAGGGCUUGGCAGAGGAGCUCCAUUCUCUCUUUGCUUAACACACAGAUGUUAUGCUAAAGUUGCAUCCGCCAUCAGAAGUAAUGAUGUUCAUCUGUCUAAUCUGAGAGGAGUUAUGAAACUGGAAUAUAGAAUUGUUAUUAGAACUUCACCAAGAAAAGAUGCUGUUGAAGGUGUUCGUGCUCUUUUGAUCGACAAGGAUCAGAAUCCAAAGUGGACGCCGUCUAGUGUCAAGGAAGUUGAUAUGCAGGAAGUUGAGGCUAUGUUUGAGCCAUUUGAGCCUAACAUUCCAGAAUUAAGGUUUAAGAGCUCUAAGGGGAUUUCUCUUUCAUCCAAAAUUUGAGCCAAAUUUUGUAUCCAAUAAUAUUAGGACUGCAAAUGAAAUUGUAGAAUCUGAUUUCAGGCACAGAAGCUAAUUAUAUAACAGUAUAUGAACAAAACUGUUUGGAAUAAUUCCAAAUUAAUUGAUCCAAUAUGGAUGAUAUGAUCAAUUGAUUAUCA